UUUUUUUUUUGUUUUUUUUUUUUUUAAUUUGAAUCCAGGCAGCCACUACCUUAGCCAGAGUUUGUAGAGAGGCCUAAAAAGUGUCUGGAUCCUGUAUCGGUCUGCCUCAGGAGGCCAGCUCAGCCUGGGGGAGGCUUACCAAGCCAGCACAGGACGUGCCACAGCCUUGAGGAAAACAUGAAACACGUAGGUUUGUCAUCUACCGUUGCCCACGGGUCUGCCCUUCAGAGACGGCCACUGACCUAAUCUCCACCUCCAAAUCUUUGGCACAGAAUGACCCAGCCUUGUUGUGUGCGGCCUACAGUUAUGUUUGAAGUUUAAAUGAUUGUGCUUAAGAGAUCUAGGAAACAAAAAUGCCUGUAAGCCCCGCUUGCCCAAAGACAGAUAGCUGGAAUGCUGGGGCUGUUGCUCACAGAAGAUAACAAGCCACACGUUUUCACUUCUGUAUACAGGGUUGGUUGCCCCAUCUGCACAGGAUGUGCUCGAUCACAUGUAGGCAGGAGGUCCAUCAGGAUGUAUGCUUCUCCCUGAUCAGACUGAAGGCAGGAAGUAGGUCGCCUUGUGGGGUUUGCCUCUAUAAGCACCUGACAUAAUUUGCAGCCAUUCUAUGGGAAUCACAGGUAUGGACCUGGCCAGUGUCUAGACCAGUAUUUAACAAAGCUUGCUUCAAAUUUGGCUCAAAAAUUAUGGUAGAAGUCUUAUUCUUGCCCAGUGGGAUGAGCAGUUGGUGUGACAACACCCUCUUUCCCUGCAUAGCUGGCCAGCAUCGGUAAAUAGCGGGAUGCACCCGUUGCUCCCCUCUCUAGGGAGCCUUUGCACCCGAUUUCUGUACAGACCUUCUAAACGGGGACGAGGUCACUCGUGACCAAGAAGGCACCCAGCCUUGCUCUGUCCCUGCAGCUUAUGCAACGCUGGGUGUGGUCCCUCAAGACUCACACCCAGCUUGCUUCCUCCUGCCCUCCGAUUUUCUGUAAGCCCUCUGUUGCCUGGGAUAGCUCUCUCUGCAAGCUCUGCCGCUGACCUUUUCCACAUCUCAACCCUGCUCUCCCUACAAUCAUCUCCCUGGGAUCCGAGACUCUGCCCAAGCUCCUCCCGCAUUCCCAGCGGGUUCCUUGUGGUCCAGCCUCCUCUUGUCUGACUGUCUGUCUCUGAGUGCCUCCAGCCGGAGCUGUCCCCUCCCUAACCUCCCUGUUGCUGCUGUCUUACCUCCCGACUUUUCACACCAUCUGCUGUUGUCCGUCCUUGGCCCCAUACCUUCUAAUCGUUUUGACGUCUGCCCUCUUUUCUUUCUGGAGAUCUAAUUAGCCACAGUGACAAAUGGCUUGGUAGCCUGGUCCCUGCACUGCCGCCUUCCCUGCCUAGUUUCUUCAGUUCAUCAGUCCACCUAGAGUGUGCCAGGUUCUUGGGAUAGAAGGGAAAGUGCCCUUCCCCGACAGCCUUUGUCUCCUCGGUGCUGGACCCCUGUGAUGGCCUGACCACCAGAGGGUAGGCUGGGCUGAAUACUGGGUUGGUUUCCAGUAUGGAUGUUCCUUGCUGGUAACUUGAUUAUCACCCGCUCUGCCAUCACCACGGUUCUGGCUGAUUUUCGUGUUUUAUUUGUCUGAGACAGAGUUCCACGUAGCUGUUGUAGCUGAGGAUGACCUUUGAACUCUUGCUCCUCCCAAGUGCUAAGAUUACAAACGCGUGCCACCCACCCAGCUGUUUAGAGUCUUCCUACUUUUUUACAAGUUGAAACUCCUAUCUCCAGCCUCCUCUACGGAGAUGCCUCAUGGCCUCUGGAGUCAGCAGCGAGUCACACCCAGCCCGGGAAAACCCUGUGUGUUCUUUCCUCUCUCAUGAUGGAGGCUCGCUCAACACCUCUAAAGAAGAUAGAAGGUCGUAGUGGCAGGAGGGGUGUCACAGCUUGGCAAGUUUAGGCUAGGCCAGCCAGCGCCACUAGUGAGACUCUGUCACAAAACUAACCUAAAUGAAUUAAAGAUCUCAAAAAGCUGAUGCCCUGCAGUUCAUUUCUCCUGGGACUUGGCGACUCGAUUCAGCUUUUGUUUCCUUUGUAUUAGUGACUUUGUCUUUUCAGACAAUAGAAAUUAAAUUUAUUGACAUGCCUGAAUGCAUUGUGGAUGGUUUUGAUCCCUCGACAGGAGGUAAAACCGGGGUGGGGUUUCCUUAAGAGAGCUCAGUCAGAGCUAAGCUCUCCUUUGCCCUCUCAUGCCCCUUCCCAGAAUGCACUUGAACUCACACGACUAUGAAUUUCUCAAUUUUUGGUUUCCAUCCCUGGAAGGUCAAGGAGAGAGAUGGAAGUAGUCACCAGGGCAGUCAUUUUGUCAGAGGUGACACACUUCAGGUUGGACUUGAAUUUCUUGCAUCUGAGCUAAUUGCUGCGCUCAUGCAUCCACCUAUAAAAUUACAGAGCGGCUCACCCAGAGACUCCGUGUCUAUCGCAGGUCCCAGAGCUCUCUCUCCCUGUGGGCUCUGGCAGGCUGCCUGCUGGGUUCUAGGGACCAGCGUAUCCUACCAAUUCCUGGGCCCAUCCUUGGACAUCGGCUCCAAUGGCGGCCCUCACAGACUACUCUUUUAUGUACCGCUGGUUCAAAAAUUGCAAUCUGGUUCGAAACCUCUCAGAGAAGUAUGUCUUUAUCACGGGCUGCGACUCUGGCUUUGGGAACCUGCUGGCCAGACAACUGGUUGAUCGGGGCAUGAGAGUGCUCGCUGCCUGCCUCACGGAGGAGGGGGCCCAGAAACUCCAGCAGGACACCUCCUACCAGCUGCAGACCAUCCUCCUAGAUGUCACCAAGACUGAGAGCAUCAAGGCCGCAGCCCAGUGGGUGAGGGACCAAGUGGGCGAGCAAGGCCUCUGGGCCCUAGUGAACAACGCUGGUGUGGGCCUGCCUAGUGGCCCCAAUGAAUGGCUGACCAAAGAAGACUUCGUGAAAGUGAUCAAUGUGAACCUGGUGGGACUGAUUGAAGUCACCCUGAACAUGCUGCCUAUGGUCAAGAAAGCCCGGGGCAGGGUGGUCAACAUGUCCAGUUCCGGUGGGCGCGUGGCUGUCAUCGGUGGUGGCUACUGUGUCUCCAAGUUUGGUGUUGAAGCCUUCUCGGAUAGCAUCAGGCGAGAGCUUCAUUUCUUUGGGGUGAAGGUCAGCAUUAUUGAGCCGGGGAACUACCGGACAUCCAUCCUGGGCCAGGAAACUCUGCAAUCACGCAUGAAGAAGCUGUGGGACCGGCUGCCGCAGGAGACCCGGGACAGUUACGGAGAGGAGUAUUUCCGUGUCUAUACCGAAAAGUUGGCUAACUAUAUGCAGCUGGCACAUCCAAAACUCAGCGAUGUCACCAACAGCAUGGAGCAUGCUGUGGUCUCCAGGAGUCCCCGAAUCCGCUACAACCCUGGUCUGGAUGUCAAGCUUCUCUACAUCCCCCUGGCUAAGUUGCCCACGUCUGUGACAGAUUUCAUCUUGAGCCGAUACUUGCCGAGGCCAGCAGACAGUGUUUGAGCUGGGGAGCUCAAGGGGUGGCCAGUGGUGCAUGGAGGAGGGGGCAAAGGACUGUGGGAUCACAAGAGGGACACUCACUGCUGGCUUAUGUCUCCCCACUUCUGCUGGGGCCUCCAGAAACCUGAUGUGACCCCUGCUGAUUUAGAGAGUUGCCCUAUGGGCCCCAAGACACCUCUCGCCAAGGCAGGUAUAAACGGCCCUGGCCCUGGAAAAGUCAAGGAGAAGAAAGCUGGCUUCUGUUGAAUGACAAACUGUGGCCACCCUGUAAAAUACCACAGGAUAAGGGCUGGAGAGAUGGCUCAGUGGUUAAGAGUAUUGCCUGCUCUUCCAAAGGUCCUGAGUUCAAUUCCCAGCAACCGCAUGGUGGCUCACAACCAUCUGUAAUGAGGUCUGGUGCCCUCUUCUGGCCUGCAGGCAUACAUGCAGACAGAAUUAUGUAUACAUAAUAAAUAAAUAUUAUAAAAAAUAUCACAGGAUAAUCUAGUCCAUGGGAGACUCUCAGCCCCUCCCCACAGCUCUCCUCACAAGCACAGGUUUGUACAUAUACAAACUGUGUAACGCGGCAGUCAGAACUGCCAGCGCAUAUCCAGAGAAUGUUUGAAGUCGUUUCCUUUCCUUUGCGUUUCUCUAUCUGUAGGUAAUUGGGAUCCAUAUAACACGCACUUCUUUAAUCACCAUUGAUUAAUGUUUCAAGUAUUUAUUGAUUGCUUAAUGCCUACCAGGCACUGAGGUUCUGAGGGUACAGGAGGAGGAGGAAAUCAUGAGCUUGGAUUUUGUUGUUUUGUUUAUGUUUUAUUUUGUUACAAUAGCUACAACAAAGUAGGAAAGUAGCAACAAUGUAAUCAUUCCCAAGCUUGGAUGCUCAUAAUCACUCAGUUAGAGUCCAUAUGGCUGCUGGAGAGGCAGCACUUGCUGACCAGAGGAUCUGUGUCGGAUUCCCAGAAUCCACAUGGUGUCCCACCACCUCCCAUAAUUCCAGUUCCGGGCAUCUGAGGCCCUCUUCUGAUCUCCACAAGCACCAACCAUGCACAUAGUGUGAUAUGCAGACAAAACACUGCUACACAUAAAAUAAAAUAUGGAAGCUGGACAUGGUGUCUCAUGCCUGUAAUCCCAACGC